AUGGUGGCCGUGACGCUCAAGUGGGGCAAGCAGUCCUUCGACCUCGACGUGGACCUCGAGCAUGGCACGGUCGCGGGCCUCCGCGCGCAGAUCUACUCGCUGACCUUCGUGCCCAUCGAGCGCCAGAAGCUUAUGUCCAAGGCGUGGAAGGGCAUGCUCAAGGACGACGUCCCGCUCACAUCGCUGGAUGCGUCCAAGCUUACGCAGAUCAUGCUCAUGGGCUCGGCCGAAGAGAUCAAGGCGCCGACCGAGAAGAUUGUGUUUGCCGAAGACCUCUCGAGCUCCGAGCUCGCGAGCGCGGGCGUGGCCAUGCCGGCCGGCCUCGUCAACCUCGGCAACACGUGUUACAUGAACGCGACGCUGCAGUGCUUGCGGUACGCGCCCGACUUUCGCGAGGCGCUCAAGGAGUACAAGGGCGGUCUCUCGGCCGACCUUGCGCACAACUUUACCUCGAGCCUCCGCGACACGUACGCGCAGCUCGACUCGAACCUGGACAGCAUUCCGCCAUGA